AUUUCUUUUAUCAUCCUCAUCAUCUUUCUCUUUGCUCAGCCAACACCGCCACCACGCUAGCCACCAGCGUCGACAGUUCCACCACCUUCUCCCUUUAUUGUUGGGCCUAUCUCUUACAGGGGAUAGAUCCACUUUCAGGUUGCCAACUUUAGUGCGGAUGGAUGUGCUGCUCAUUUAUGUGUCAUGUGUUGCGAUAGCGAGGACAUCGUUUUCGGAAGGUUAACUUAUGAUGAUAUUUUGACAAAUCAUGUCUUUUAAAAAAAAGAUAGAUAUUUUAUAAUGUAUUAACUUAGUUUAUAACUGGGUUGUAAGUAAUUGUAUUACAGUUAUGUAAAGUUUUUAAAUACUCUGAUAUUGGUUGCUGUGGCUAUCGAGCCACAGGUCGGAUUCAGCCCAGACUUCUAUAAGUCUUCCGCUGUGCUUUGUAGACAAUCUUAUUAUAUUGUUUACGCUGGUUUGGGCUGUUUCAAAGAACUUCCGCUGACUUGUUUCUUUCGCUUUGGCACUGUUUUCUGUUUUUUUUAUAUUUCUUUAUCGACGGAACGUUGACGAUCCUAAAGGAGACCUUUCUCUAGAGUCCGAAGAGUGAACCGAAGUUCGUAUUUUCAUAUGAAUUUCCGAGUCACUUAGACCGGGCCGUUACAAAGUGGGCCUAUGUAUCCGCAAGAUUUCCAUAUUGUACGCAUGAAACAAGGUUCUAGAGGGUUUGAAGAACUCUCUAUGGAAUGAUACUGUGAAUCUUUUUCACAUCAGAACGAUGUGGAGAAGAAGAAUGUGUUUCUUUCAGCUGUUGCUGAAAGAUUCAGAGAUUUCAAAUCCAAGCUAGUAACUGACUGGCUCACGAAGAAGCGUGCCCAUACAACCAAAAAGGUCAAAACGAGAAACGACGGUGGAAACGAAGGUGGAGAGCAAGCACCUUCGAAGAUGCCCUAUGAAAUAUGAGGUCACAUAUCAAAGAAUGAAUGGGAGGCUUUUGUUGCCAAAAGAACAACUCCCAUUGAAGCUGAAAAACGUGGUAAAGCUUCUGAAUCAGCAAGCAAAAGGAAGUUUUACCAUCGCUUGGGCCCAAAAACGUACGAUGAGGUCCGAAAAGAGUGGGUGGAUGCGAGUUUAUACCCCAAUCAAAGUCCAGCCACACCCUCAUCUACGACUACCUCCACAUCCGUGAAUACUCCUGUUGGAGAUCGGGUGCGGGAUUAGUAUUGCGGACUUCAUUCCCGAGAUGCAAGUGGUAAAUUUACCAUUACUGAUCCGGGAACGAAGAAGGUUGCUGAUGCUGUGAUGGGCUGGAAAGAAAAAGAAGCUACGGGGGCGUUCACCCCAAGAGGCAAUGUUGAGGCAUUGCAUAUGGUCUUAGGGAAAGACCAUAGAGGGCGGGUAGUUGGAAAAGGAGGCGUCCGCGUGGGGUUAAAGAAGGCAUUCGGCAAAAAGUGUGUUGCUACUCAAUCCCGAACGAUGUCACCUAAUGAAGUAGCAACCCUCAGAGCAGAAAUUACAAAGGACGUUCUCGCCAAAGUGGCACUCGUGUUGCAGAAGAUGGGAGCACCCACUGUUGACAUGGCAAACCUGAUUGUCGAGGAUCAACAAAGUCAACAUGGGGAUCCUAACGCUUCAGUCGAGCCAACACCCGAGCCCAUUACUCCGUAGCACCCCAGCCCAUUACUACCCCUGAAGGGCAAAAUCCCACACCGGAGACCAUGAACUCCGUUGCUCGAAAUCCAGAGCCAACUCCGAAGCCAGUGGUACAGCAAAAGAGUCCAAAGGGCUCUAGGAGAGAGAUCGAUUUCUCAUCAAAGGUGUCGACUGGGUCAAAGUCGAUGGCAAUCACUCCAAUUUUUACUGAUGCGGAGCUAAAAGAUCUCUCUCAAGAUUGCAAAUGGCUGUACACAUAACCCAAUCGUUCUAACCCUGCAGAAGGAACAAUUCUGUUUUGUAGAGGGCCCAUUUGUAAUUAUUGGUUCUAGUGACAUUGGGCAAUUUUUUAGAGGCGAAAUGUUGAAUGUAGCUCUUAUCUAUGUCUACAUGAGUGCGGCUGACGAGGAGCUAAAUUCUUGCGAACCUCCAAUAAAAAUUGGAUGGUUUUGUCCUGAGUCGAUUUCGGGUACUAAAAGCGUUAAUGAUCAAGAAAACGUCAAAGCAUACAUUGAGACUGCUUUGAAUAAUUCCCUUGCAUCUAAACACACGUUCAUUCUGGCUCCAUAUGUGGAAGAUUUACAUUGGAUACUUUUUGUCAUAUGUCCUUUAACAAACACUGUGCACGUCUUCGACUCAUUACAAAAACCUCAAAGCCCGCCUCGCAACACAAAAUUCAAAGCGUUGUUGAAUGCCACAAUGAAGAAAGUGCGUGGAGAAAUGAGAUCUAUAUCCAAAGCCACAUUUUCGAAAUGGACAGCAGUAAAGUGCUUUCGACAACCUUCUAAUUCCGUUGAUUGCGGCUACUACACUCUCAAAUACAUGGACGAUAUCUUACAAUCCGUGAAGGAGGUUGGAGUCGAAAACAUAGAUACCGUUUUAUACGACAUUUUAAGGGAAACACGCCCUUUGAGAGAUGGGGAAAUGCGCGAAUUGAAAGACAAGAUUGUCGCGUAUCUUGCUAAUUUUUUUCUUGAUAAAUAAUAUAAUUAGUUUAGAUUUAGGACUUUAAUGUAUAUGUACAUAUUAUUAUAUUAUUAUAUUAUGUAUACGAU